UAACUUAUUCACAUCAUUCUCGUGUGCCCUUCUGUUCCAGGUUGAAUCCAUCUUUGCCCAAAAGGGGCCAUGUCUGCAGGGCUACAGAUGCUUGGUAUCCCACUGGGGGUUCUGGGCUGGUUGGGAACCAUCCUGGCCUGUGGUCUCCCACUAUGGCGUGUAACUGCUUUCAUUGGCAGCAACAUCGUGACUGCGCAAGUUGUCUGGGAGGGUUUGUGGAUGACCUGUGUGGUGCAGAGCACUGGUCAAAUGCAGUGCAAGGUUUAUGACUCCAUGCUGGCUCUGUCUUCAGACCUUAAGGCCUCUCGGGCUAUUCUCAUCAUUGCUUUGAUGGUCGCACUGGUGGCCAUACUUGCUAGUGUAGCUGGGGGCGAGUGUACAAAUUGUUUGAUCCAAAGAACUGCCAAGGUCAGGGCAGCUACAGCAGCUGGGGUUUUCUUUCUCAUUGCAGGUAUUCUGAGUCUUGUACCGCCCAGUUGGAUGGCAAAUUCCAUGAUCGCUAACUUCCACAAUCCAUUGGUGGUGCAGUCACAAAAGAGGGAGCUGGGGGCAUCCAUCUUUAUCUGUUGGGGGGCUGCUCUGCUCAUGGUGAUCGGUGGAGGGCUUCUGUGCACCUCUUGGCCCAGGAGUAUCAGAAAGCAAGUGGGCCACUAUAAACCAGCUUCUCAAAGCAGUGGAGCACGUUCAGCUUAUGUUUGA